AUGUCCCAAUCCAGUAAUCCAGCAGUUGUUUUAAGAAAAGUCGGAGACAUUGCCAUCGAGCAAAGACCAGUCCCUACCAUUGACGAUCCUCAUUAUGUCAAGCUAGCCAUAAAGGCUACCGGGAUCUGUGGUUCCGAUGUCCACUACUACAGAAGCGGUGGCAUUGGAAAGUAUAUAUUGAAAGCUCCAAUGGUUCUAGGCCAUGAGUCAAGUGGACAGGUUGUGGAGGUUGGUGACGCUGUGACUAGGGUCAAGAUCGGCGACCGUGUUGCCAUUGAACCCGGUGUUCCUGGCCGCUACUCUGACGAGACCAAGGAGGGAAGAUACAACCUUUGCCCACAUAUGGCAUUUGCUGCAACUCCCCCAAUUGAUGGUACUCUUGUGAGGUACUAUUUGUCUCCAGAAGACUUUCUGGUGAAGCUACCAGACGGUGUUAGUUACGAAGAGGGAGCCUGUGUGGAGCCCUUAUCCGUUGGUGUGCACUCCAACAAGCUGGCUGGAGUUCGUUUUGGCACUAGAGUGGUUGUGUUUGGUGCUGGUCCGGUGGGGCUGUUGACUGGUGCUGUCGCGCACGCCUUCGGCGCCAGUGACGUCAUUUUCGUUGAUGUGUUUGAUAACAGGUUACAAAGGGCAAAGGACUUCGGUGCCAGUGGCACUUUCAAUUCCUCCAAAUUCUCUGUUGACGAAGCUCAGCAGUUGGCAGACGAGGUCGAAAAGCUUUUGGGCGGCCAUCAUGCAGAUGUCGUGUUCGAGUGUUCGGGCGCUGAUGUCUGCAUUGACGCCGGUGUCAAAACCACCAAAGUUGGAGGUACCAUGGUGCAGGUGGGUAUGGGCAAUAACUACACUAACUUUCCAAUUGCAGAAGUUAGUGGCAAGGAAAUGAGAUUAAUCGGGUGUUUCCGUUAUUCGUUCGGCGAUUACCGCGACGCAGUGAACUUGGUUGCUUCGGGAAAAGUCAAUGUCAAACCAUUGAUAACGCACAGAUUCAAGUUCGAAGACGCAGCUAAGGCUUAUGAUUACAAUAUUGCUCAUGGUGGCGAUGUGGUCAAGACUAUUAUUGCGGGACCUGAAUGA